GAGGUGUACCAGACUGCGCUCCGAUCUAACACACGGUACGAUCCCACCGAGGCCCAGUUCUAAAAUCGACUCGCGUCGCGUGGCCAAAUCGUGCCAGUGGGAAGGAACUGUUUGAAGGGCAGUAACGUUGCUUCAUCUCCCAGUAGUAAGAGUUUGUGGGAAGACAUAGUAGGACUAUCCAGGAUGCGUGAGAGAUAUCUGUUGGUUUGUUGGAUUGGCCUGUCGAUCGGGUUGUUGUGUGAAUCCGCCAGCCCGAUUGCCGGCGGGUCCGGGGGAGGUGCAGAGAGGGAACGCGGUGGUCGCGUCCGGCGGCAGUCCGGUGAAGAUGUACGAGACUGCACUGCCAACCCGCCCUACCUCCCCGAUACGGUGACGGACACAACGCAACGAGUUAGCGACCUUCGGGCGCAAAUGGCAUCCAAUGGAAUCGCUGCUUAUAUAAUCCCAUCGGAAGAUGCGCAUGGGAGUGAAUAUGUAGCCUCGCGUGACACGAGGCGUGCCUUCAUUUCGGGUUUACUGGGAUCAGCUGGUUUGGCUGUGGUAACAGCUUCUGAGGCUAAACUGUGGACGGACGGGCGGUACUUCCUGCAAGCAGAGAAAGAGAUGGAUUGCCAAUGGGACCUCAUGAAAAUUGGAGCCACAUUUGACGACCCAAGUCCCGAAGAAUGGCUGGCACAAACACUCAGCGACGGGGACCAGAUAGGCUUUGACCCCGCCUUGAUGUCAGUCAGUGACUAUGAGUACUACACUGCCGAGCUGAAGAAGCAGCAACCAGCGAAGACCAUAACCAUGAAGUCCAUUCCCAACAAUCUUAUCGACGCAAUCUGGAGUGACCAGCCUCCCUACAAUCCUGACACAGUGAUCACCAUCUUGGAUGCAGCGAAAUACACAGGUGAAACGUGGCAGCAGAAGGUCAUAGACGGCGCGCCCGGCCAGAACAGCACUCGGCAACAACUACAGAUGGUCAAAGGGGAGACGAUAGAUGCACUGGUCAUUACCAAACUAGAUGAGAUUGCGUGGCUGUUCAAUCUUCGGGGGGAUGAUGUGCCAUACAACCCAAUGUUCGUUUCGUAUGCCAUUGUCACCAAGACGGACACCCGGCUGUAUUUGUACAACAGCACGUCAACAGACAGGGUUCCGGCAGCUGUGAAAACUCAUUUAAACGUGAAUGCGAAUGGACUUUCAUGCAUUUCAGACCCCUGCGUGUUAGUCAAAGACUAUAAUGACUUCUUUGCUGACUUGCAAAGCCUCAACCGAACCUUGGCAGGGAAGAUUUGGAUCAGCGAUCGGGCCAGUUACGCCGUCUACGAAUCCAUCUCGGCUGAGAAUCGCUACGUUGCUGCAUCUCCUCUUCUCCUCAUGAAAGCAGUCAAGAGUGAUAAGGAAGCGCAGGGCAUGGAAGACGCUCACGCCAUGGACUCCAUUGCACUCUGUAACCUUGGUGCCUGGAUGCAGAAGACAGUAGACAGCCUUGAGGAUCCCAUGACAGGAGACAUCAAAGUCAUUAGUGAACAAAUUGUCAUGCAAAAGUGCGUGGAUGAGAGAGCGAAGUUUGCAAGCAACCGAGGUCUCAGCUUUGGAACCAUCGCUGGCAUGGGUCCCCACGGUGCUAUCAUUCACUACACAUCAACACCGGAAACUGACGUUCCCGUCACCAAAGCCGGUACUUUCCUUCUGGACUCCGGAGGCCAGUACUUGGAGGGUACCUGUGACAUCACCAGGACGUUCCAUUUUGGCACGCCCACUCCAUUCAUGAAGGAAGCUUACACCAGAGUACUGCUUGGAAGCAUUGAUCUAGCCAUGGCAGUGUUCCGUACUGGUAUUUAUGGGCGUGACAUUGAUUCGAUUGCGAGGAACCAGCUGUGGUCAGGCGGUCUGGAGUACAACCAUGGAACUGGACAUGGCAUUGGUCACUUCCUCAAUGUCCAUGAAGGUCCUGCACGAAUCAGGGUUGGGGUUCGAGAAGGAGAGAAGCCUUUAGACCUUAACAUGUUUCAGUCGGACGAGCCUGGCUACUAUGAAGAUGGUUCAUUCGGAAUCCGUAUUGAGAAUAUUGUCAGAACUGUUCCGGCCGAUGUUGAGCACGACUUUGGGGGCCACCAGUAUAUGACAUUUAAGAUGAUCUCUCUUGUACCUCUGGAACCCAACCUUAUUGACUUCAGCAUGUUUAACAACAAACAGCUGGAGUAUUACAACAAUUACAAUAAGAGGGUACGCGACGAAAUCGGGCCUCGGAGUGAGCUGACCGAAGCCGGUAAGGCUUGGAUGAUGAGCAAGACCGAACCUGUGGAGUACACUUUUAAGCUGGGCACGGGAAACAGCGGGCAGAGAACCACUCCUAGUCUGGUCGCCAUCUUGAUGACGUUGCUGCUGGGUACGCUCUACUCCGUUUGGUAGAGCUGAUAAGAUUGAGAUCACUGAAAAGAUUGUCUGCAAGUUUCUUUGAAAGUGACAUUCUAAAACUCUUCAUGACCUUGUUUAUUUGUACCAUCCAUUUCAAAAUCGUAUCAAUGUAGAACUUUAGCAUUAGUAACUCAGAAAACGGGGAACUCGACUAUGGCGUUUGAAUAGGCCUUUACUAUUUUCUGAUACUUUGUACAUGUACGCAUGAUUAGAAAAUAAAAAAGAUACUUAUUUUGAGAAUGGUGGACUUUGCUAUUUGUUGGAAAGUUUGAAUAACAGCAUCUGUCACCAACUUUAAAGAGAUCCCCUUUUGAAAUUGUCAUUGCCUUAGUAAUUACCGCUGAUUAGUUUAUUCUGUAUAUACCGGUACAUUACUUUACUACAAAAGUCUAACAAAUUGUUUAAAUGAAAUUUUAUUGUGUAAGCAGAAAGAUUUAAGGCAAUCGGUAAAAUCAAAAUGAAUGAAAGAAUGAAUACCUUAUGUUUAGUUAUUAGUUCUGUGAAACGAUUUACGGUUUUUAUGGAAACCUACCAUCAGAGAUAUACAACUCCUCAAAUGUUAAUGUCGGUAAGUAAACUGCUUUUCUUAGAUCUAGACUAAAUUCAGCAUGAACGUAAUAUGAAGCCUGAGGAACUUUUCUAAAUACUUCACUUGUGCCGAGACGAGCAGCAUUCAUCCGACUAUAAACUAGCAGAAUACACGAUAUUUCAGAUUUAAACACUUUACCACCAGGAGACUGUGAGAUUUGUUCUGUCAUUGAAAUGACAAUUUUGCUUGUCAAAUAAGUUGGAGUUCGAUUUUUUACCUACUCACCAAAGUAAAGUUAAUUAGCACACUUAAUGGUACAAGUACUUUUGAAUUAAAAUACGAUGUUUUUUUUAUACCAGGCAAGAUAUGGGACGGAGGGGUACCCCUCUUACCUGUCCAAUCCCUAUACACACUGUAGAAAAAGGCAAAGACAAAGGCGGGGGGUUCUCUCCGUCCCAUAUCUUGUUUCAAAUGGUUUUUUACGUACUCCAGAAAAUAAGCCAUGAAAUCACGCUGGUUGAAGUACGUAAUAAUCACACUGCACAUAAGUAUUGAUUUGGAUAUUGAUUUGUAGAAUCUGAAACUCUGUAACAAAGGGAAACACUUAUGUCAAAGAAAUAAAUUUCACUCAUGCAGCAAUUACAAAUUAA